AUAUGACCUAUCUGCUGCCGACACAUCCCUCUCUAUCCUGUAAUGACCCUCUCGGAAUCUGCGAUGUAGAGGAUCCAAUCCAAGCCGACGUACUUACCCAACUCGUUCACGAAGCGCGCAUAGCCCCAGGAAUCUCCUCGCUCACUACCUUGAUCGAGGACAUCGCUUACUCUAUACAUGGAAAUGGAAGACUAGAUACAUCUCACUUACGCCAAUUUCUUCGCACUAAUUGGACAGACCAAUACGUUGUUGCUCUACAAAACCUGUUAGAAUCAGCUCUACUUGUUCCCGAACUGUUCGACACAAAUUCGCUAGAUAGAUUGAGUGGCCCUAAUGUAUCCACCACGAUACCAAACUCUCCUUCAAGUUCACCAGUAGUGCGUUUUACUGGUCUCCAAAUCAAUGCCCUGCUCGCACACCAGUUCCUGGGAACGUUAUCUCAACCAACAGGCAAUACAUGGGGACUUCCUUGCUUCACGUCCUGGUUUUCUGGAGGUGUUGCACAUGAGAACGCUGUUGACGGAUAUUUGGCAACAAUCCUGGGCCAUUUCGAGCAUGGGGGAUAUGACAAGUCGGCCAAUUUCUCUUUCAUGAUGCAGAAAGCUGACCCCAUGCCCGAACCCUCACAGUGCGACGCCAUCCCAGAUCUGCAACUUGUUGUAGUGUCGGAGGAGUCCGAGCCAUCUAGUUCAGACUCCGAUACAGAAUCUCCUUUUGUUCUUGUCGCGGCCCAUUCACAGCCUGGCCCUGGACCGACUGCGACGCACGAGGAACGCCUCCAGUCCGCAUCACCUGCGUUGAGCAUAUCGGCCUUGGUCUCGCCUGUCAUACCUCCCGACGCCGCUGUAAUCACCUCGGCCUUCCCGCUCCACGCUGCAUGGAAAGGUCAUAACCGUACCGCCCGGCUCGAAUGCCUAAUCCCCCCUCUGUCGCGCCCAACGCGUCACUAUGUACUUGCAGAUGCUCUUCCACUAGACGAGGCGGAUGAUGUAGAAGGUGGUGGCUUGAAAGACCUACAAGAGGGUCGUAUGGUACGGGAGAUCCGGAAACUGUUCGCGUCGUUUGAGGGCUCAAUGGUGAUGCAAUCACAAGCCGAACAGCCCUCUUCAGUUCCAUGCAUUGUGAAGGCGGUGGCAUGGGGCUGUCAGGCUUUCGGGGGUAAUGUUCUGGCAAAAUUUGUCUGCAUGAUGAUUGCAGCAGGUCUCUCUGGAGUCCACGUACAGCUCUCGCUGCUAGAAAAUCGUGGCGCUGAUAUUGAAGCCGUGAAAGACGUCCUUUCGAAGAAGCACUCUGUUGCAGAACUUUGGAGAAUAGUCGAAAGUCCCGAAGUUUGCCAUUGUAGAGACACUACUGAGUUGAAAGAGUUCAUCUUGUCUUAUCAACGGUAAAAGACCAUAUCUUUAUUUCUGUCUGUUGUACGACAAGCAUAUUAGGCAAUGAAAACAGUCUC